AUUAUUUCUUGAAAUAUGGAGGCUUUUGCUCUUGUUAAGAAUUUCAUUACAAAAGUUUCACAAGCGAAUUCAGAAAGUUCAGAGGAAAAUACCGAUUCCGAUGCAUCGUAUAAAACUCCAGUGAAAAAAGCGCGAAAUAAGAAUCGUAAAAAAAAAUCAACAAGUACUGUUCAAUCGGAACAUUUGAUUGGUGUUUUAAGAGAGAGAAAUUCAAAUUUAAACAAUGCUAUUGAUACAACAAAACGACAACAAAUAUGCAUUGAAUCAAAGUCGAAGGCGCCAUUUGAAAAAGAACUUUCGUCAAAAUAUGUUCAGGUGCAAGUGCACCAAGAGAUACCAAUCGACCGCAACUACACGACAGAGUUAUGCAGUAGCAAUGCGUCGGGAAAACAGAAAAUUCCCAGGCCAGCAAAUGCCUUUAUGCUCUUUGCAAAUGAAUGGAGAAAAAAACUUGCCCUUAAAAAUCCCAAGGAAUCAAACAAAGACAUUAGCGUUAGAUUGGGUGUUCUAUGGAAGAAUAUGUCACAAGAUGUUAAGGAGAAAUAUUUUUCUCUUGCACGAGAAGUGGAUGCCGAACACAAGAGAAAAUAUCCCGAUUACGUCUACAACCCAAAGGAGGCCAGACUGCGAAAAGCGAUGCGCGAGCAGAGCCGCGAGCUAUCUAGACAGAGCAUUCUACAAACAACUGGAGCGGUUACGGGAUCAGGAUCAGGAACAUUGCCUGGAGGCAAUGGGGGUGGUGGAGGCGGUGGUGGUGGUGGCAACAUGAGUGUCUCGUCGUCCGGGAAUUUCUUGAAUCAUUCGAUGGCCUGCGCCUCACCCAAUGUUGCUGUUGCGGCAGCGUCCUCGUUACCGGGCAGCCCCUCGAUCAACGCAAAUCGAAUCAUCAGCCCUUGGUUUCCGGUUGGUCACGGCGCGCCAACGAGUCACCUAAAGCCCAUCCUCACGCCCAGGGCAUUGGCUGCUCAUCAAAGAACUUUGGAUAAAACAAAAGAUGUGAUACGUAAGCAAAUUGAAUGUGGGCCUCCAGGAGGAUUUCCGGGGCCAAUUUAUGGUGAAUUUGGAUCUCAUGGACCAACAGCUUCUGGAAAUCCAAAUACGAAUCAGGAUGGAAACGAUUAUUGCGUAAUGGGAGAAUUCCCUGAAGGACAAAAAUGGUAUCCUUAUCAGAAUGGUACGAACGCUUAUCACACGAGAGUAGCUCCGGCAUCUAAAAUUACCAAUUUACAUCGUAAUAUGCAGAAUUCGAAUCCUCAUCCUGGCCAUUGGACUCAAUUUUGUGGAGUACCUUUAUCUCAAAAUGCAAUGAUUCGUGGUCCAAGGCAUAUGGUCUUCAUUCCAGAUCAGCAAAAUCAUUGCGUCUUCCCUGAUGAGAUGCAGCUUCCUUAUGGAUCGAAUAAAAUUGACAUCAAUCAUAGACUCCAUUCUUCUUAUCGUCAAACAGAUCACCAGGAAAAAAUGAUUUCCUCGCCAGUGAGUAUGCAACAAAUAUCAGAUGAGGAAAAAUGUAAUGACGAUGGUCCAAAAUGGAGUACAACAACUUCAGCAUCAGGCCCCUCUGAAUCAUCGACGAAUCUUAUUUCAAAAUCCUCAAAAUCAUCGUCAGAUACAUUUUCAACAAAAGAAGAACAGGAAAAUCAUAAUCAAAUUGAAACAAAUUCAACACAACAAUAUGUAGAACGAGUUGAGGUGAAACAUCAAAAAAUGAAUUGCAAACAACCUCUGCCUGGUUUUCAUCAAGCUUUUGGUUCAACGGAAAUUGGCAGGUUUUCGAGAUCAGAAUUUUUCUCAAAUAUGGUUGGUGAAAGCAGCAAUGCAACAGUAAGUAAUAAUUGUGAUCGAAAUAAUUGUGACGAUGAGGGAGUUGAUUUAACGACACGUGUAUCGACGAUAGACGAUAUUAGACAGAAUGGUAUUCCUGAAGUUAAUAGCAAUAAUAAUUGUCCAAAUACAGUUAAUAAUUGUGACAAUUCGACUAAUAACUUUGGCAAUCUCACUUUGAGUUCUUACUAUAAUGAGACGAGAAGUCCAACUGCGACGGCACCACGCUGGCACAGUCCUUGCGUGAGUGUGAUAGGUAGUGAAAUUUAAUUAAAAAAAUAUAGAUUGUUUUUAUAUUUUGUUUCUUUUUUUUUUUGGAUACAUUUAUUUUACAAUGAUUUGUGUACCAAGUACAUAAUUUCUAUUAAUUGUCAAUAAUAUUCAUUUUGCAUAAUUUUUAUUAUAACAAAUUUUUUUCAAA